AUUCUGAUUGUAAAAUUGGAACCAGAAGCCAUUACUGACUGUUAGUGAUUUAAUGCCGAUCAUUACGUGUUGAGAUGAUAUUCAUUAUCUUUGUAAAAUAUUUUGCCUAUUAUGUUUCAAAUUUCUGAAGGCGUAUCAUGAUUGUUAAAAAUGUAGAAAAUCUUUACUUAUCGCUUAGGUUUAAAAUGAGCGCAUUGCGAACUUUUUGGAUGUAGUAUAGGUAUUAUAAUAUAAAAUGUUAUGUAAUCCAGUUAUGAUUACAAAACGUUCUAUACGAUCAGAGAAAAUGUCGACUGCGCAGCGUAAAAAAAAAUGAGAUAUUUGUUCUGGAGCAUUUUGGAAUUAUUGCGAUAAGAAAGUGAGGAUGAAGAGAAAAGAUCUUUUUGAAUAAAGUAUAAUAAGGAUGAUCUGACGUUUUUGCGGGUAUCGGUAUAGAUACUUGAUCUGCGCCGAUAUAAAAGCUUGACGUGCAGAGCUAGAGCUCUCAUACCUCCUGGAGGUACAGCCGAUGAUCUGGUGUUGAAGAAACAACACAACCAUCCUCCGAUGGAAGACGUCAUGAUCAAGAAGACGUUCGUGAAUAUGCUGAAGAAGCUGAUUGCCGAAAAGACCGACAUGCCCUUGAGGGAUAUCUACGAUCUCGCCGUCCACUGGUAUCCAGAGGGCGCGUUGGUAUGCCCUUACGUCAAGAUGCAUCCUUCGAUGAGAAGAUGGCGGGCCUUCAUCUAUAAGGCUCAGGAGGAGAUGCAGAAGAAUGCAGUACAAGAAGGCAAUGAACGUAUUGUAAUAUGGAGUUUUUCAAUAAAAGAUAUCAUUGACAUUUGUCUUAUUGGAAGGUGGAAGACGGUUAAAAGUUAG